AUGGACAGGCGAACGGCAGAAAGUCCAAUGGACUUUGAAUGGCAGUCUAGAGGCCCGGUUGAUCCCAAUUCCCCCUUCAAUCUAGGAGCACACGACAAGAAACGUUCGUAUUUCGCCGAGGAUGGUUCGAAAGAUGCCACUCCACCGAUCAAGCCCUCUGACAACCCACCAGGAACACAUAGUGUAUUCGAUUCUCCCGGAAAACCGCAAAUACCCUCUCUCCGCCAGCCAAACUCCCAGCCCUUCCUCUUCACGCAACCCCGACAAGCUGCACCUCUCUCGCCAAAGGCCAAAUUUGGCCAGCCGGCUUUCACGACACCACGGAAAUUCGACGUUGAUUUCUCUUCCGGCCCGGAGAAUAUGUCAUCGCCAGAAUGCGCAGACAACGAGGAUACACCCGACCAACAGUCUAAGACGGGGAAGGCAAGCUCGCAUUUCAGUUUCCUUGGCCGGUCCAGUCCAGGGCGAGGGGGAAUCCCACGUCUGACCCACCACUCGAACGCCAUUCAGAAUCGGGUACAAAAGCGACGGAGAAGAGAUCAAGCUUUAGGGCGAACCGUACGGAUCGAAAGCGACGACGAGAGCGAGCUCGACCAGCCUCAAAGCAGGGAAAGCAGGGCCGGGAAAGUCACAAAGAAAGAAAAGCAACAAGAGACAGAGCUGCAAGUCUCACGGGUGUCAACAUGGUCCGAAUUCUUCAGCAUGCUUGAGGCACACCCGAAUGUCCCCGCCAUCCUGUCAUGGUGGGCGCAGCUCGUGGUCAACUUGUCGCUGUUUUCUCUGGCCGUGUAUGUCGUGUUCGGGUUUGUGUCGGCGAUCCGCGGUGAAUUUGAGCAGGCUGCGCAGGAAAUGUCCGAUACUAUCUUGGCCGAUAUGGCGGUAUGCACCAAGAGCUACGUCGACAAUGACUGCGGCCGACCUACUCGGGCCCCGGCUCUUGAGACGAUCUGCGAGAACUGGGAGCGCUGCAUGAAUCGAGACCCGGCCAAAGUAGGCCGUGCCAAGGUGUCGGCGCAUACCAUGGCCAUCAUCAUCAAUAGCUUUAUUGAUCCUAUCAGCUGGAAGGCCAUUUUGUUUUUCCUGGCUACAAUUUCCACUGUCACAGUUGUCAGCAACUGGUCAUUCCGCUCCUUCAGACAUCGUCUACAGCAACAGCACUACGCACAACACCCCCCACCACCACCACCACAACAACCCAUGCAUCCACAGCUACACCACAAUCCCGCCUUUGGCUACUAUGGCCAAGACCCUCGGCAAACACACGACAUGAAUUAUGGCGAGAAACAAGACCCGCCCAUGCUACUUGAGAAUACCAAGUCUAUGGACUUUGUCACCGAGCGCAGUCGUGAUCGUGAGCAGCACCUCCGAACACCGAGUCCCACCAAGCGCAGGUUUGCAUAG